UCCCGAUUGAUCUCCACCGAAUCUUUAUUUCCCAAACCCUUUCUCUCUCCCAUAUUCGGUCCGAUUCAUAGCUGCUACUUCUCCGCCGAUUAUUGGAUUACUGUUAAUAGAUUCUCCUCGUCACGAGAUCCUGCUCGAGAUUGCCGCUCAGCUGUCGCGGUGGAGUCUAUGAUGCUCGAGUUGGCGCUUUCAGAUGGAUUGUUGUAGGCUUCCGGCACUGGUUAAAGAUUCUUUGAGGGAUUGGAUGUCUAUCUGCUUUCUCUGGCAGUUUUCAUUGAGGGUUUUGUUCUUUUCAGUGGUUAAUUAGGGGUUUUUCGGUGGAGACGGGUUGAUUCUUAGAAUUUCGAGAUCGGGGGAAUCGAGUGAUAUGAAAGGGGCGAGGGAGGAGGACAAGGUCAUGGGGCCUCUCUUUCCGAGGCUGCACGUGAAAGACACCGAUAAAGGGGGUCCGAGGGCGCCUCCGAGGAACAAGAUGGCGCUAUACGAGCAGCUAAGCAUCCCUUCUCAGAGGAUCAACUCGACCUCCUCUGCCAUGCCAUUUCCUUCUCGGAACACCAACAGUUUGGCUCCUUCGCUUUCGUCGAGUCAGGGAUGUGGUCAGCUGAGGAAGAUAAUUUCUCCUUUUUGUAUGACCCCUCAAGUGUCUGUUCGUUCAGCAGAAACCUCUAGAACUUCUGAUGGUAUGAAUCCUGUCACAAAAAGGAUAGAAUUGGGGAGAAAACCCUCAAAGCAAGUUAGUUCUGGGAAUUUGUUUGGCACACGAUCAGCUGCUGAAUGUAGCUUUCAGAGACAAGAAAACCCUGGGAUGAGAAAUUCUAGUGAGAAGGUUUUGAAUGUUGCAGAUGAUAUAGUGGUUCCUUCCUUUGAUCAGUCAGAAAUGGUUGCAUCCAUGCCAAAGGAUACAGAUAUGACAAAUGCAGGAAUGUUAACUACCUUCAUUUCAUCAAAAAUGCAAGAGAAUCUUACAGCUGUUAAUUCCUUAUUUCAAUACCCAAAUUCAGAUGAGAAGUCCUUAGAAGAAACUGAAAUUACAGAAAUUAGAUUACAAAAUUCUGAUAGAACUCAUCUUGAAGAUCUUAAAGAAAUUUCAGCAAUUGAUAAGACCAAGGAAACCAAAGAAAAGUCUCCAUCCAAUAAUAUUGCUAAACAACCAAACAGUUCAAAAGAUUAUGUUAAGACUGAUACAAAUAAUUUUCAUUUAACUGAUAAGUCAGAUACAAUAUUAUGUCGAGAAAAUGGUGGUGUUAGUGAUAUUGCUAUUUCUGAUAGUAGAAAAUCUCUGAAGGCCAAAACUGAUCUGUAUUCCAAGUUGUCAUCUAGAAAAAGUUCAAAAAAUUUAUCUAAGGACUUCCAUAACAAGGACGAUGCAAAGAUAAAUGGGUCAUUGGUAUUUGGUGUCACUGAGAGGCAACAUGAUGCAUAUGAGCCCUCAAUGGGUGAGACAGUCUCAAGCUUGGAAAUAUCCCCAGAUGAUAUUGUUGGAGUAAUUGGUACCAAGCACUUUUGGAAGGCCCGAAGAGCUAUUAUCAAUCAGCAGAGAGUGUUUGGAAUGCAAGUGUUUGAGCUUCACAGGUUGAUAAAGGUUCAGAAGUUGAUAGCUGCAUCACCUCAGUUACUUCUUGAAGGGAAUACUUACUUAAACAAACCAUUGGUAAAAUCUCCACAUAAUACCAAAUUACCUCAGUGCAAUGCUAAUUCACAGCCAGUGGAAUUAAGGGGACGAGAUGAUCUUCAUACAACAAAACAUACUUUGGAGCAGCCAACAGAGGAUGACAUUGAUGGAGUCCCAGUGUUCCCUGCAUAUGAGGAUGGAUCAAUAAUGAGUCCACAAGUUCGAGUCUCUAAAGUUGGGCAAAACUCUGUUAUUCCUUCUUCACUGCCAAUGGCUCCUGAUGACAAACAAAGUCCUUGGAGUUUUCCUCCUUUGGCAAAUCAAUGGCUAGUUCCAGUUAUGUCACCAUCAGAGGGACUUGUUUACAAACCAUAUUCUGGACCUUGUCCAUCACCUGGUAGUUUCAUGGCCCCUCUUUAUGGAGGCUGCACUCCUCUUGGACUAUCUCCUCUUCCUGUGGACUUUGUAAACCCAGCCUAUGGUGUUCCAGCAUCUCAUCAACCACCAAACAUGGGUUUGUCUGGUCCGCCUGCGAUUCCACCCCACUAUUAUCCUUUACCUUACAACCUCCGACCCUUGAACCCAAUCAUCUCAAGUUCUGCUGUUGAACAGGUCAGGAAUCUAGCUGGUUCACAAGCCAAUGGCCAAAGUGUUCAGUACUCCAGGGGCUCUUGUAACAUGUUCCAUCCUCCAAGGGAUAAAGUAUUUUCUGGCAAUCUUGGAAAGUUUCAGGCAUCAAAGAACAGCGAGUUGCAAGGAAGUACUGCAAGCAGUCCAAUUGCAGCAGCACGUCCAGAAGGAAGAUUGCAAAUACCUCCUCUUCCUACAUCUCCAGUAGCUAACAGCCUUAAUUGCCCAUCCCAGUCCAGUGGAAGGGAUAGCCAAACUCGGGUCAUUAAGGUUGUGCCUCACAAUGCUAGGUCUGCCACAGAGUCCGCUGUCCGGAUUUUCCAAUCGAUACAACAAGAGAGGCAGCAGCAUGACUCUUGAUCAACAGACUUGCUGAACUGGGAUCAACUUCCUCCUGAAUGCCUUGACAACUUGCUAAUAUUUCUCUUCUGCCGCCUAGUUAUGCUCUUGAUCUUUUCUUUGGCAACUUGAUAUACAAACUUACUGAAGUUACGCAUGAAUACAACAACAUCAGUAAUGUAAUGCUCUUUAGCUUUUAUCUCAUAGGUAUUAUAGUUGCAGAAUUGAUUGUACAUAUAUGGAAGCCCAGUGUUCUGAUAUAA